AGGGGUCCGGUCCAGCAUUGGGCCGCCGCCGUGCCCGCAUCCCCACGUCCACCAAUCACCAUGAUUGAUUACAUAUAAUAAUCUCUCUCUAACCUUUCUUCCCCGUGAGUGAUCUCUCUUUCUCUCUCUUCUUCCCUCGCUCUGCAUACAUCUACAAUGUCCGCCGCAGCCGCCGCCUCCUCCUCCCUCUUCCAAUCAUCCCCAUUCCACCUCACCCCUAGCAAGCCCCGGAGGCGUUCCCACCACCUCAAUCUCAACCUUAUCAGAUCUGCCGCCGGCAACGAUUCUCCUGCAGCUUCCCCUCCACCUCCGCCAACCAAGCAUCGCCGCCCCGCCGACCAGAACAUCCGCCAGGAGGCACACCUCCUCCACACCAGCUCCGCCUCCCCCGACCACGGCUUCUCCGCCAAGUACGUCCCUUUCAACGCGGACCCCUCCUGCACCGAGUCCUACUCCCUCGACGAAAUCGUCUACCGGUCCCAGUCAGGCGGCCUCCUCGACGUGGCCCACGACUUCGAUGCCCUCCGCCGCUUCGACGGGGCGCACUGGCGGGCUCUAUUUGACUCCCGGGUUGGCCGCACCACCUGGCCGUAUGGCUCCGGGGUGUGGUCCAAGAAGGAGUGGGUGCUUCCCGAGAUCCACCCCGAUGACAUUGUCUCUGCCUUUGAGGGCAACUCCAACCUAUUCUGGGCUGAGCGUUACGGCAAACAGUUCCUGGGCAUGAGCGAUCUGUGGGUUAAGCACUGUGGAAUCUCCCACACCGGGAGCUUCAAGGAUCUCGGUAUGACGGUUCUCGUCUCUCAGGUGAAUCGUCUCCGGCGAUUGGGCAAGCCCGUCGUCGGGGUUGGCUGUGCCUCGACUGGUGACACCUCAGCUGCCCUCUCUGCAUACGGUGCUGCUGCUGGGAUCCCUUCCAUCGUCUUCCUCCCCGCGAAUCGAAUCUCGAUCGCACAGUUAGUCCAGCCUAUAGCAAAUGGGGCAUUUGUUCUGAGCAUUGAUACUGAUUUUGAUGGUUGUAUGCAGCUGAUCAGGGAAGUCACUGCUGAGCUCCCGAUUUAUUUGGCCAACUCCUUGAACAGCCUGAGGCUCGAGGGCCAGAAAACUGCUGCGAUAGAGAUCUUGCAGCAGUUCGAUUGGGAAGUGCCUGACUGGGUCAUCGUCCCCGGCGGCAAUCUCGGCAAUAUUUAUGCCUUCUACAAAGGGUUCCAUAUGUGCAAGGAGCUGGGCCUUGUCGAUAGGAUUCCAAGGCUAGUCUGUGCGCAGGCUGCGAAUGCGAACCCUCUGUAUUUGUAUUACAAGUCAGGUUGGAAUGACUUUAAACCCGUGAAGGCGAACACCACCUUUGCAUCGGCCAUUCAGAUUGGUGACCCUGUGUCGAUUGAUCGGGCAGUGUAUGCUCUAAGGAACUCUAAUGGGAUAGUUGAGGAGGCGACUGAAGAGGAGCUGAUGGAUGCGAUGGCACAAGCUGAUUCGACCGGAAUGUUUAUCUGUCCGCACACCGGGGUGGCUCUGACCGCCCUCAUUAAGCUUAGGAAUAGUGGGAUCAUUGGCCCCACGGAUCGGACAGUGGUGGUCAGCACGGCUCAUGGGCUGAAGUUCACGCAGUCAAAGACCGAUUAUCAUUCGAGGGAUAUCAAGGACAUGGCUUGCAGGUUUGCAAAUCCGCCCGUGCAAGUGAAAGCUGAUUUCGGGUCGGUGAUGGAUGUCCUGAAGAAGUACUUGAGUAAAUCCUCCUGAAUAGUAGAUGCUAAUUAUUAGCAAUCUAUUUAGCAGCAAUUUUGUCUCCUCAUAUGUCGAUUUUGCUGCAUCGUUGGUUUAGACACGGAUCGUUUUAAGGUUGCUGUUUUGUAGUUUCGGCUUUUAGAACGUUUGUACCUUUGUCCGCUGCGUGGUCAUACUGCCAGUGGGAUGUGAAACCGGAUUUUGGGUCGAGCUAUUGGUUGUCUGUUUGGGCGCUUGUUAAGAAAAGCCUCCCAUCCUAAAUAAGGGUCCAUUUCAUUAGACCAUUUUAGAAUUGAUCUUGGUUAGGCAUUAUCUUGUCGAGUGAUGAUGUAUCAUCUUUUGAUUGUUUUCAUGGCA